AUGGCUCCCACAGCCGGCACGACCAAGCGCGCACGACCCGCCUUCUCUCCCCCGAGACCAGGUAAAAAAUCCAAGGCGAAUGCGACGCCGAGCGUAGCGAGAAAAGACGGAGCGGGCAGGGUGAAGAAGUCGACGGCUACAAACUCUGUGAAUGGGCCGAAUGAGCGGAGGGCGGGAGGGAAGAAUGGCGGUUCCGGGGCGAGUGCACAGAAGAUGCAGAAGCAGAAACAGAAAGAGCGGCGCAAGGCGGCUGCGGGGACAAUGCGGGCCAUUCUAGGUGAAGCUAGUGAUGAUGAGAAGGAUGAGGAAGACGAAGAGGGGGGCGCAACUGACAGCGACGAUCUUGACGAGGCUGUCUCCGACUCGGUCGUGGACGAAGACGAAGAAGAAGAGGACGACAACAACAACAACAACAACGUUCGCCGCUCAAUACACGGGCAUGACAACACAGAGUCUCAGGCCUCAUCGCCCGAGCCGGAGUUCAUGCUUGCAGAAGUCCUCCACCAAGACAGAGGAAAACCACCUUCCAACUUCACAAACCAAUGCAACUCCGACUUCCCCGUGCCCCUGCCCCUGAUCCACCAUAUCCUGCAAUCGCAUUUUGCGACGCCGGAGAAGACGUCUCUCUCAAAAGAUGCGCUGGGCUUGCUCGGAAAGUAUGUGGAGGCUUUUGUAAGGGAGGGCAUCCAUCGGUGCACGUUGGAUCGCGCUGAGAGGGAGACGGCUGGAGGAGGGAGUGGGGAUGCGACUGAUAGUGGGUGGCUAGAGGUUGAGGAUCUCGAGAGGGUAGGCGUACAGUUGUGCUUGGACUUUUGA